AUGGAGACGAAAAAUGAAAAUAUCUUCGUUCUCAAGGAGCUAAACCAGUUAAAAUAUGACCACAUAGCAGUGGUGCCACCAUACGCUCGUGGAGGGGGAGGCCUCGCCCUACUCUGGAGAAAAGGAAUAGAGGUCAAUAUCCUUUAUCAAUGUGACAACUUCAUAGAUACUGAAGUAAAGUACAAAGGGGAAAGAUUCCACACUACCUUUGUCUAUGGAGAUCCAGAAAAAGAAGGAAGAAAAGAGGUUUGGAAUUCAAUACAAAGAAGAGCUGAGAAUCGUGACUCACCUUGGUUCCUUACGGGAGACUUUAACGAAAUUAUGGACAACUCCGAGAAGAGCGGAGGACCAGCUAGGGCAGAAGGCUCCUUUGUUGACUUCAGAUCCUUCAUGUCGACUUGUGAACUCUAUGACUUGAGAUUCUCUGGAAACUUCCUAUCAUGGAGAGGGCAAAGGCGCGAUCAUCUUGUGAGGUGUAGACUCGACAGAGCAAUGGCAAACAGUGCUUGGAUCGAGAAUUACCCUUCUGGUAGAAGUGAGUAUCUAAACUUUGAGGGGUCGGAUCAUAGACCCUUAAUCUCCUUUUUUCAAGCUGUCAAGAAAAGGAAAAAAGGUCUCUUUAGUUAUGACAGAAGAUUAAGAAACAAUGAAGAGGUUAAAUUGUUGAUUACCGAGAGUUGGAAUACAAACCCUCGAGCAGAUGUGGAGACACGAAUUUCAAAUUGUCGAAAAGCCAUUAUUCAGUGGCACCGAAGUCACCAUCUCAAUAGCCGGAAAAUAAUAGAGGAGAAGAAGAGCGAAUUAGAGAGAGCUAUGACCAGCAAUGUCUUAAAUGAUACCUUAAUCUUCCAGAUUAACAAAGAACUCAAGGGAGCUUACGAAGCAGAAGAGGAAUACUGGAGACAACGCAGUCGACAGAUGUGGCUCAGUCUAGGUGACAAAAACAGCGGCUACUUUCACGCUGCAACCAGAGGAAGACGAGCAAGAAAUAACAUAUCGGUUAUUGAAGACGAUGAAGGGAAGACUGUCUUUGAAGAGGCAAAAAUAGCAGAAGUAAAUACAAAAUACUUUGAGAAAAUGUUUACCUCUCAAGCAGGAGUAAGAGCAGAGACAGUAAACAAGAGCAUAAAACCAAGCAUCUCAGAAGAAACCAAUAUUCGUCUCAUCCAGAUACCAAGCGCUCAAGAGGUUAGGGCAGCAAUCUUCUCAAUUCAUCCAGACAAGGCCCUGGGACCGAAUGGUUUCUCAGCUAGCUUCUUCCACUCCAAUUGGGAAACCAUCGGAGAAAGAAUCACACUAGAAAUUCAGGAAGUCUUCAGAUCAGGAACCUUCCCUCAAAACAUCAACGCCACUCACAUCUGCCUCAUUCCAAAGAUUACAAAUCCCAAAUCAGUGGCAGACUAUAGGCCAAUAGCCCUUUACAAUGUUUAUUAUAAAAUCUUCUCGAAGAUUCUUACCGCAAGACUACAUCCAAUUCUAGAUGGCAUCAUCUCCGAGAAUCAAUCAGCCUUUGUUCCCGGACGAGCUAUCACAGACAACGUGAUGAUCACUCACGAGAUUCUCCACUUCCUGAAAAUUUCAAAAGCAAACAAGAGGGGAUCAAUGGCAAUGAAAACGGACAUGACAAAGGCGUAUGACCGAGUAGAGUGGGAGUUCAUUAGACUAGUGCUGGAAAGGAUGGGCUUUCACACUAAGCUAAUUGGGUGGAUUAUGCAAUGGGUAACUUCGAUUACCUUCAAGUUCCUGCUUAAUGGAUCCGCGAUAGGCAACGUCACACCAUCAAGAGGAAUCCGGCAAGGAGAUCCGUUGUCGCCGUAUCUCUUCAUACUAUGCAGUGAGGUCUUAUCUGGUUUAUGCAAGAAAGCCCAAGAAAAUGGUCAACUAACAGGCAUAAGAGUGGCAAAUGGAAGCCCGAAAGUAAACCACUUACUUUUCGCGGAUGAUACGAUGUUCUUCUGUAAAUCCAAUGAGAAGACUUGUAAGGCACUAAAGGAAAUCCUGCGUCAAUACGAAGAAGCAUCAGGACAAAUGAUAAGUUGUCAAAAGUCGGCAAUUACUUUCUCCAAAAAGACCUCGGGUGAUAUCAAAAGGAAAGCAAUGAGCAUUCUAGGAAUCAGCAAAGAAGGAGGAAAAGGGAAAUACCUAGGACUUCCUGAAGCUUUUGGGAGGAAAAAGAAAGACCUUUUCAGUGCAGUAGUAGACAAAAUCAGACAAAGAGCAGUGUCUUGGUCUUCAAAGCUCCUGUCUGGGGCAGGGAAACUAGUCCUACUUAAAUCAGUGCUCUCCUCCAUGCCUACAUAUUCGAUGUCAUGCUUCAAAAUCCCUAUAAGUCUCAGCAAAAGGAUUCAAUCAGUUUUAACAAGAUUUUGGUGGGAUGCGAACCCGGAGAAAAAGAAGAUGUGUUGGAUAGCUUGGCACAAACUUACCCGGGGGAAAAGAGAAGGAGGAUUGGGAAUUCGUGACAUCCAAGACUUCAAUGAUACACUUCUCAGCAAGCUAAGUUGGCGAAUUCUCACAAAUCCAGAGUGCCUUCUAGCUCGAAUUCUGAAAGGAAAAUACUUCCCGAAUCAGUCUUUUCUAGAUUGUGAUAGGAUGGAAGGAGGAUCGCAUGGCUGGAAAGGAAUUCUGAUAGGGCAAAAUCUACUAAAAGAAAAGCUGGGGAAGAUAAUCGGAAAUGGAGGAAACACUAGGGUAUGGGACGACCCAUGGCUAUCUACAACGGAACCUAGAGCUCCUAUGGAGUAUGAGAAAGAGAUCCUAGGAAUUAUACCUGGUGAAUUCGCGACUGAAGAUCGUUUAGCGUGGCUUCCUAAGGCUGAUGGAGAAUACUCGGUCAAAACAGGUUAUCACACGUCAAGAGCACGGAAACCAGAAGAAGUCAUCCCUGGAGCAGCAAAUGGCAACUUUGAUUGGGUUACGGAUGUUUGGAAAGGGCUUUAUGGCCCAAAACUAAAGAUAUUCCUAUGGAAGUCAGUCCAGGGAGCCUUAUCAGUAGGAGAAAACCUAGCAGCAAGAGGAAUGAGCGUUCAAUCAAAGUGUGUGCAUUGCGGUGGAUCAGAGUCGACAAUCCAUCUGUUGUUUCAUUGUGUAAAAGGUGAUUCUCUAGCACCAUGGAUCCUCUGGAGCAUCUGGUUGAGUAAAAACAACAAGAUCUUCUCUCAUAGCAGUCUGAAUGCCCUCGGAACGCUGAAUCUAGCAAUUAUCCGAGCAAGGGAGUGGUUACAAGCUCAAUUGGAAAUCUCGAAACCGAUCAAACCUCUCAGGUCGGCGCGAGCAGAAAUCCCAAGGGAUCAUUUCCGGUGUCACACGGAUGGAGCGUGGAAUGGCGAGCAUAGAUCAGGAGGUUUGGGUUGGAUCUUCCAGAACAGAAACCUAGAUCUACUCAGCCAGGGCUCAAAAGCGCUGGAGAACGUCGCUUCACCUUUAAUUUCAGAGGCCUUAGCAAUCCGUGAGGCUCUUCGUCAUGCGAUAGAUCUCGGCUUCUCAAGGCUGCAUGUGGCUUCAGACUCUCAGAUUCUCAUCUCCGCAAUCAAUUCGAAGACCAGACUGUCGGAAGUCUUUGGAAUUCUCCAAGACAUCUCUCAUCUAUCCUCUCGAUUUCAAUCUGUAUUUUUCGUUUCAAUUCCUAGGGCUGCAAAUGUUUUGGCAGACUCCCUAGCAAAACGAUCACUUCAAAACUUUUUCGUGAGAGAGUAA